AUAUAUUUUUUUUUCUUUAUGAUCUUUAACCGCUGCUGAUGGCCUCGCUCAUCAUCUAGACCCCUUUUUUGCACGAACUCCUUCCAGGGCUACCUUUGAAUUGAUCCAUGGGAUCACGCAACCCGCUCUCUCCUAGAAAGCUUGCUCUUGUACAUCUAUAUAUAUACGUGGGCUACAUCUAUGGAUAGCAUUGCUCUCUCCUCAGCAUUCCUUUUUUCUCUAUCCUCAUUCCCCUCCCCCACACACAUUCUCUCUCUCUUUCUCAUCAACAACAAUACUCUUCUUACCCUUUCACCCCUCUUCUUCACCAACCCCUCCACUCUUUUUUAUAAUCUUCACCUAUACAAGUAAUCUAUCACCAUGCGCGAAAUUGUAUCACUUCAUAUUGGGCAGGCAGGUAUCCAGAUUGGAAACGCAUGCUGGGAACUGUACUGCCUCGAGCACGGAAUCUCUCCAGAUGGUACCAAGAGUACCGACGACAUCCGCAACGACACGGGCUCGAUGCCGUCUACAUUCUUUGCCGAAACAGGGAACGGCAAGUAUGUUCCACGAACAGUGCUGGUCGACCUAGAGGAGACCGUCGUGGAUGAGGUCCGUAAUGGCAAGUACAGGAAACUCUUCCAUCCCGAGAGUUUGAUCUCCCAUCGCGAGGAUGCCUCAAACAACUAUGCCCGCGGUCACUACACCGUCGGCAAGGAGCUCAUCGAUCCCGUCAUGGAUCGUAUUCGCAAGGUCACCGACAACUGCGAGGGCCUCCAAGGAUUCUUUGUCUUUCAUUCCUUUGGCGGUGGCACUGGGUCUGGUCUUGGAGCGCUCCUUCUCGAACGCUUGGCAUUGGACUAUGGCAAGAAAUCCAAGAUGGACUUUGCAAUUUACCCUGCUCCCAAGAUCGCCACAUCCGUGGUCGAGCCCUACAACUCGGUUCUGACAACCCAUGCGACCAUGGACCAGGCUGACUGCACAUUUAUGGUUGACAACGAGGCCAUUUAUUCAAUCUGUCGCGAGAAGCUGAACGUGGAGCGACCCAACUACUCGAUUCUGAACCGGAUGAUCGCUCAGGUGGUUUCGUCUAUCACGCUCUCGCUUCGGUUCUCGGGCUCGCUGAACGUGGACCUGAACGAGUUCCAGACCAAUUUAGUGCCCUUCCCCAGAAUUCAUUUCCCGCUCAUCUCGUACGCGCCCAUCUUGUCCAGCCAAAAGGCUCUGCAUGAGCAAUCGUCCGUGGGCGAGCUCACCUCUGCGUGCUUCCAAAAGUCGAACCAGAUGGUCAAUUGCGACCCUAGCAGCGGCAAGUACAUGGCUUGCUGUCUCCUCUACCGUGGCGAUGUAAUUACGAAAGAUGUCACCGCGGCGAUUGAUAAGAUGAAGAAGAACAGCUCGGUCCGGUUUGUUGAUUGGUGCCCCACAGGAUUCAAAGUCGGUAUCAAUCACCAGCCAGCGGUCGUUGUGCCCGACAGCGAAGUCGCUGCUGCCCCUCGCACCCUUUGCAUGCUGACCAACAACACGGCUAUCUCGAGCGCGUGGAGGCAGUUGGAUCAAAAGUUCGACCUGAUGUACAGCAAGCGCGCAUUCGUGCACUGGUACGUGGGUGAGGGCAUGGAGGAAGGAGAGUUCUCGGAAGCGAGGGAAGAUCUUGCUGCGCUUGAGAAGGACUACGAGGAGGUCGUCGGUGAGGGAAGCGCGGAAUUUGAGGAAUAUUAAAUCCAGACUGGAACUAGGACACAAUUGGCCCCUACAUAGAUCAUGUAGGAGAUCGCGUUGGAAUCCAAAAGGGUGCCAGGAAUAUACCCACAUACACUAGGUCGUCACCCGAUUUUGUGUUUCAAGAAAACCCGCGCCCACGAAGGUAAAUCAGCAGCAUAGCAGCACGGUGUCACAAAAAUAAAGCAAUCAUCGCCCUCGCCAUUGCUGCUGUCCAUC